AUGGUGCCAAGCGGUGCAGUGAGGUGCCAAAUCCAAAUCUCUUCUUUUUGUCCACCAAUUUGGAUCUUCAUGGGUAGAGAGCGAUCGAAAAGACCUCUUCCGGGGUCCAGCUCGCGCUCACAAUCGCAUUCGAGGUCCCGCUCUUCGUCUAGGUACCUGCUGGGACUGCUGCCAGGAGCUAGUCUUCGUCAGCGGUCGGCCACAACCGGUUCGUUUUUGGAUUUUAUUUCCGGUAAAAGAACUCCGCCGCCUUCAGGAGGCUCGCACGUGAAGCCUCAGCACAAGAUAUACUCGCUAUACCGCUUAAUGAUGCUAGAACUCAACUUGCCGACGAUAGACCACCGUCUGAACGAAGUGCCCCAAGUCACAUCCAAUGACGAAACUUUGGAACAGGUUGUAAACAUGGUGAAAGUGCCAUUGGUGUUGGAGAAAUUCAUGUUGUUUGGUCUUAUGGUGUGUCUCAAUUCGUUUUUGACGAUUUUCACCUUGGUACCGUUGAAAAUUUGCAUAGUUUCGUGGAGAACUGUUGACAGUUUGAUCCUGCGAGGCCAGAAACUCGAUGUUGCACCGGAGCUUCGUGAUAAGAAAGGUCAUGGCUCGCAACUGUACGGUACGAUUGUGGUGGAAAACUUUCGCUACAUCAAGAAAGACUUGUACACCACAUGUAUCAUUGGAGCUUCUCUCUUCAUCCUUUCAUUGCCAUACUUUGAUAUUUCCCGACUAUAUCACGAUGUUCGGGGCCAGGCCCAUAUAAAGCUCUACGUCAUGUUCGGUGUGCUUGAAGUGGCAGACAAACUUCUCUCUUCCAUUGGCCAUGAUUUGCUCAACAUUCUCCACGGCUUGACUUUCAGUUCCAAACUCAAAUCGGGUGCACCAAUUGCAUUGUUUUUCAUACUUUCCGUGAUAUAUCUUUCCUUGCACUCCUACGUGCUCAUCUACCAGGCAGUGUCUCUCAACGUGGCGGCCAAUUCUUACUCUAAUGCGUUGCUCACACUUCUUCUUUCCAACCAAUUUGCCGAGUUGAAAAGUUCAGUGUUCAAGAAAUUCGAUCGUGAAGGGUUGUUUCAGGUGACCAUGGCAGACCUUACUGAACGGUUUCAGCUCUCGCUCAUGCUCGGAAUCAUAGCUAUUCGCAAUUUGCUUCAACUCAAUGGUAAGUCCAUUGGUCUUAUUCCCAAUAGUUGGAAGAGCUGGAACACCUGGAUUGGUGCCAUAUUUGGUCCUAGUACUGUGGUCAUAGGCAGUGAAAUCCUCGUGGAUUGGCUCAAACACUGCUAUAUCAGCAAGUUCAAUAAGGUGCGGCCCAGGGUAUACAAUAAUUUCUUGUACGUGCUAAGCUUGGAUUUUGUUGAAGUAUUCAAAUCGGCCCCCAACGUUUCGGCUUCACCUCUGCAUGAACUAACCGACUAUGUGAUUCUUACCAAGCGGAUAGGAUUGCCGCUUUUGGCUUGUAUUGUCUGCUUCUUGCGGAUGACUCUUCCUGAUUUGAAGCGGUUUUUUCUUUUCAGCGACUCGUUGACAUACUCCAUUAUUUCAAGCGUUGGUCUUCUUGUGGUUGCGUUCUUGACUUUGCUUUUCGCUAGGCUAGUUCUCGGAUUGCUUGUAUUGAAGUGGGCUAAUAGGAUCAAAACUCAACAUAGACAGGCUCAACAAUUUCUUACUAACAAACCCCCAAUUUCUGCUGGCAGAAUCUUGGGGUCGCUGAGCAUAUCGCUCAAUGUGGACGAAAGUGCAAUCGAAAGCGAUUCGGAAAUCGGUUCAGAAAUUGAAGAAUAUGUUCCUUCACCGCGGUCUCCUUUCAACACUUCCUUCACUCCAGGCGUACCAAACACAGAGGCAUCCUCUAUCAACCCGCUAUCUCGUUCGUACUUGUACGAUGUCGGAGAAAAGAUCCCACCGACAGUGGAAGAAAUGAGAAAUAAUAAUGAUAAAGGCGAAGAGGGCUUGGAAAAUGUAAUGAGAUACGAAAUGUCCAGCAAACGAAUCUGGUGA